GGGGACGCUGGAGGGAUCAGGGGACAAGCUGUGAGGCCCAGGCAGGGCCUGGGGCGGGAAAAUGGCAGGUGGGGGCGGUGACCUCAACGCCAGGAUGUCUGAAGAAGACCAGAAAGUAGAGGAGAGGCUCAUCUAUGAGACUAUAUUCAAUCACUUCAAAAGAAAUAAGGUGGAAAUUUCCAAUGCAAUAAAAAAGACAUUUCCUUUUCUUGAGGGGCUCCGUGACCGUGAACUCAUCACAAAUAAAUUGUUUCAAGAUUCUCAAGAUUCUUGUAGAAACCUGGUCCCUGUACAAAGAGUGGUCUACAAUGUUCUCAGUGAACUGGAGAAGACAUUUAACCGGACAAUUCUGGAAGCAUUGUUCAGCGAGGUCAACAUGCAGGAAUACCCUGAUUUAAUUCAAGUUUAUAAAAGCUUCGAAAAUGCGAUUCAGGACAACUUCUACCACCGAAUUGAUGAUGGAGAAGAGCCACGGGGGACGCUCAGCAUCCAACCAAGCCAUGAACGAAGGGUAUCCUCACCUACAGCUAGAAUCCCGGAGCAUCUCCGUGCUGGGAACCAGACAGAUAGAAGGGAAGAAGAUUCAUCCAAUGACCCAAGUGAUAAAUUAAGAUCCCAAGAAACCACUAAUGAAUGUGCCCAUGGAUCUGAACAAGCAGCAUCCUGGGAACACUCAUCUUUCCAAGUGAACAAUGUAAGAGGUUUAGAAGAUAGACGCAGCUUCCUACCACGCAACGGACAAGUAUCCUGGGAACCUUCUCUCAAAACGGAUGAAAGAGGAGAAUCAGAAGAAAUGCCCAGGUUACUACCGUAUGGUGCAGAAGAGACCAGUGAUCCCCAAACUCUCCAAAUGACUAACAAAGGAGAAGCAGAGAAGGUGGUCAGUCUACCCCCAGCGGAGGGAGAAGGGAACUAUGAUCUCCACUCCCAACACCUCGAUGAAUCUCUGUCUUCCAAGGGCAGCACUGCCUGUUUGGAAAUAUGUGAUGGAGGAAAGCCCCAGGAAGCCUGGAGCUCCCCACGGAGAUAUGUACCAGUGUCCAGUGAUCUCGAAGCUCCCCAAAUGACUGAUGAGGAAGAACCAGAGGAGGGACCCAGCCAACCGCCGUGUGACAGAGAAGUUUCCAGUGGGCUAGAAGACCACCAAACGAAUAAAGAAGGGGAAGCAGAAGAGCCUACUUCUAGCCAACUACAGUGUGAUGGACGAGAUACUGUGGAUAUUGGAAACAACUCUACUUUGGGAAAACCCUCCAGGAAAAGAAGAAAAAAGAGAAGGUAUUCCUGGAAUAGAAUAAAAGGGAAACGUCAGAAAAACACACCUCAACAAGUGUCCAGUGAUCUCGAAGCUCCCCAAAUGACUAAUGAGGAAGAGCCAGAGGAGGGACCCAGCCAACCACCGUGUGACAGAGAAGUUUCCAGUGGGCUAGAAGACCACCAAACGAAUAAAGAAGGGGAAGCAGAAGAGCCUACUUCUAGCCAACUACAGUGUGAUGGACGAGAUACUGUGGAUAUUGGAAACAACUCUACUUUGGGAAAACCCUCCAGGAAAAGAAGAAAAAAGAGAAGGUAUUCCUGGAAUAGAAUAAAAGGGAAACGUCAGAAAAACACACCUCAACAAGUUUCCAGUGGGCUAGAAGACCACCAAACGAAUAAAGAAGGGGAAGCAGAAGAGCCUACUUCUAGCCAACUACAGUGUGAUGGACGAGGAGCAGAGCCACCAACACAAGGAAAUGAGAAGUGCCCUUGUGUCAUGUGUUUCUCAAAAGAUGGGCCAGAAAACCCUGAAGCACAGAUGGAAAGUAGCCAAGCACGUGACAUGAUAGACACUGUGGUUACUGGAAACAACUCUACUUUGGGAAAACCCUCCAGGAAAAGAAGAAAAAAGAGAAGGUAUUCCUGGAAUAGAAUAAAAGGGAGACGUCAGAAAAACACACCUCAACAAGGUAACAGCAAAGCUGAUGGCCAGCUGGUCUCCAGUGAAAAGAAGCGGGAAAUGAAUGUGCAAGGCUCUGCCAAGAUCAGGGGUUCAAAAUGGCACAGAGAUGAAAGUGUGGACUUCCGCGCGGCUUUGCUUCCUGUGACCUGUGGUCAGAUGAAGGGAAUUUUACAUAGAAAGAAACUGAAACGAGGAGUCGUGAAGUGUAUACAGAGUGAGGAUGGACGUUGGUUCGCUCCCAGGGAAUUUGAAAUCAAAGGAGGCUACGGAAGAUCAAAGAGCUGGAAGCUGAGUGUGCGCUGUGGCGGGUGGCCCCUACGAUGGCUGAUAGAGAAAGGAUAUCUACCUAAUCCUCCAAACCUGUAUCACAGGAAAAAAAAGCAGAGAACACUGAAGUCUCACAACAGAACCUUAGCUGACCCUUGUCCGGGAAACUCGGAUGUAUGUGAGGUGUGCCAGGAUGGAGGACAGCUGUUCUGCUGUGAUACUUGUUCCAGAUCCUUCCAUGAGGACUGCCACAUCCCGCCUGUGGAAACCGAGAGGACCCCGUGGAGCUGCAGCUUCUGCAGGAUGAACGAGUCUUCUGGAAGCCAACAGUGUAAUCAGGAGCCUGAGGUCCUGGAGAGGCAGAUGGGGCCUGAAGAACAGCUGAAAUGUGAGUUCCUUCUCAUGAAAGCCUAUUGCUGUUCCGAGAGCUCCUUUUUUGCCAAGAUUCCAUAUUAUUAUUAUAUUAGGCUGUCUUCUCAAGGCCUUAAGGACAUCAUGUGGUUGGACAAAAUCAAGAAGAAGCUGCGUGAGCAGAGCUACUCCCAAGUGGAGGGGUUCAUGCAGGACGUGCGCCUCAUCUUUCAGAACCACAGGGCGUCGUACAAGUACAAUGAGUUUGGCCAAAUGGGACUUAGACUGGAGGCUGAAUUUGAGAAGAAUUUCAAGGAAGUGUUUGCUAUUCAGGAACAAACUGAGAACAAUUGACUGGUGUAGUGGAUACUGAAGGAGUUUGGAGAAUGUCAGCCGAAAUACGGCGCUUUGGGGUGCUGAGUGCUCCACGCUGAGGGCACUGGGGACAGGCUGGGAUCAGUUUCUCUGAGCUCCCCUAAGGUGCCUGAAGACGAUCCUCCAAAAGGAACCCCAUGGCCAUCAACCCCCACCUGCCCACUGGGAAUCUUAACCAGGGAAGGUGAACUCAGAUCACAGGAGAGGACACUGGAGGCUGACACCAAAGACAGAUGGCUCUUCUGAGGGCUGCUCUGAGGGAACUUGUAGUACCUGAGAGACUUCUGUCUGCAUAACAGGAAACCUUCAGUCACCACACACUUCCUCCCCUCACCCUCCUGUCGCUUGUGUUGUGACACCACCCACCCCACCGCCCAAGCUCCAAGCCCCUAUUUCUUUGUGUAGCUCAGGAUGCUGGAUAAGUCAAUCAUCUGACCCUUCUUUGAAUCUCAUAUUUUGUGGGAUUUACUUGGGUACAUACGUAAGUAAUUAAAUU